AUGCCACUCAAGGUCAUAUUCCUGAUGGCGGAUGACGGCCAUGACCCCACGGAAACUGCUAUUCCGUGGAAGGUCUUCCAGGAUGCCGGCUUCGAUAUCCAUUUCGCCACCGAAGAUGGCAAUACACCCAAGUGCGAUGAGAAAAUGCUCUCUGGCUGGACCGGAGCCUUGCUCGGGGCGAACAAGGCCGCAAAAGGGGCGUACCAAGAUUUGUCAAGCACGUGUAAAGCGUUCAAGAAGCCUCUGGCCUGGAAGGACCCCGCGUUCAGCCUAGACAACUACGAUCUUGUCUUCCUUCCCGGCGGCCACGAGAAGAGCGUUAGGCAGAUCAUGGACUCGACACGCGUCCAUGCACUGCUCGCCAGCUACUUCCCCAAGACGAGAAAGCCGUCUCCAAAGUCCCUGGUGGCGAUCUGCCACGGCGUCCAGGUAUUGGCCAUGGCUUCAACGAGUGAUGGGAAAAGCGUGAUGCAUGAUGCCAUCACCACCGCUUUGCCGGCCUAUAUGGAGGAGAGCAUUUAUCACGCCACCAAACUGUUCCUCGGCGCCUACUACAAAACCUACGGGGCUGGCACUGACUCUGUGGAGGAAGUUGUGAAGAAGAGGCUGGACGACAGGGCACAAUUCAAGAACAGCAAGAGCCCAAGCCCUUUUGUUGUUGAGGAUCCCAACUAUAAUUACUUGUCGGCGAGGUUUCCGCCCGAUUCAGAAGCACUUGCGAAGCGGGCUGUGAGUCUGGUAAGAGAGGUUGCGCAAUCUACCUGA